AGCAGGGGCGGAGUGACCAUUUGGAAACUCGGACACUGCUCAAGGGCCCAGGGUCAGUAGGGGGCCCCAUGAGAUGCCCCUGGUACCUUUUUCAUAGGCUUUUUUGAGUUUGGGCAAGAACACACGGACCCCAUGAUCCCCUAUUGCCCGGGGGCCCCAUGAGUUGUCAGUCCGCCACUGGAUAUCAGUGUCCCUGUUUCUUCAUCACUUCCUGUCUUGGCCUGCGGCUCUCCAGCUGUUGCAGGACUACAAGUUCCAAUAUGCCUCUGCAAGUCAUAGCUGUAACU